GGUCGCAGAGAUCGCUGUGGAUCUCUGCCGGGAGCGCUGAGGAGAAAUAAUCUGCACGGGAUCAGGAAACUGGUUACAUAUGCUGCCAGGCGUGAAUGUGAAAUGUUGGCAGAAUGAGCAGCACAUUUGUUACAUUAGCUGAGGUGCUGGAGGCUCGGGGGGGACCUCUGCUGGAGGAGGAGAUCUGGUCCCUGCUGCUGGGCGCUGCAGAGUGCUUAAUGGAUGUCUCUUAUAAGGGUCACAACAAUAUGUGCAGCAUCAUCAGCCCCUCCUCUUUGCUGUUGUCAGCCACUGGCACCUUGGCUUUUAAGAACUGCGGCCUAUCAGAUGAGGUCUCCGCGUUCGCUGCUCCGGAGAUGCUGCAGGACCGUGCCGGCUCAACCAAACCUGCCACUGAUAGGAUGCUGGUAUAUUCCCUGGGAAUGACUCUCUACUGGUCGGUUGAUUUUCAGCUACCUCAAAACCAGCCAGUCCAGUUGAGUGACCAUCUAAACAGCAUCCUCCUCAGCAUGUGUGAGGACCUGGCCCAUCGCAGGGUAAACCUCACCUCCAUUCUGGAGGCCUGCGAAUCCCAGCACAAGGCCUCCAACCUGCUGCCACCCACCAAAGUCGUCCGACAGCUCGUGGAGGAGGUUUUUCACGAAUCAAUGGAUGGUUCUCUGCCAGACAGCAACAUUCCUCUGAGCGGCAGGAGCCAGAUGAUCAGAGAGAGACUUCACAGAAAGAGAGGGCCAUUAUCAGACUUCAGUGAAGGAAGUGCUGAAGGGAGGAGGUACUCAACGGACUCUGACUCAAAGUCAGGGAGUUUAUCUCAAAGACCUUGGAGACAAAGACCAAGAAGUUCCCCCACACUGUUGUACCAGUCUUCUUUAGACAGGCUCCCUCGAAGGGUGCAGCGCAGGGACAGCAACUGCAGCUGGAUUGGUAGGAGCCCCCACCACGAUUUCUCUCCAAAGGCAUCAGGCAGAUCUCACAGUCCUUCCAUUACCUUCAGCGAGUCCUCACUCAGCCUGAGCCAGAGGAAAGCUAAGGCACUGGGUCCAGAGUUUAUAAGAAUGCCAGAUGAACAGCAAGUUCUUCUUGAGCUUCCAGGAUCUAUCGUGUCCAAAAAGGGCCAUUCAAGCUCCUCUCAGCGAGAAGUGUCUGUAGUGCUGCCUAACGGACAGUACGUGGUUGUUCGCUGUGACAUUAAAUCCAGGGCAAGAGAUGUGUUUGACAUGGUGGUGGCUCACGCAAACUUGGUGGAGCACUUUUACUUUGGUCUUUCCUUCCUAGAUGAUGAUGAAUAUUUCUUUUUGGAUCACGAGACAAAAAUCUCCAAAGUUGCACCCGACAGCUGGAAAAAAGGCCAGAUGUCUUCCUUUUUGGUGUUUCUUCGAGUCAAGUUUUUUGUUGACGAUAUCGCCUUCAUUCUGCACAGACUGACUCGUCACCAGUAUUACUUACAGCAGCGAAAAGAUAUCCUGGAAGACAGGCUCUACUGUAACGAGGAGACGGGCUUGUUUCUGGCUGCCCUUGCUCUGCAGGCCGAGUUUGGUGAUUAUAUGCCGGAGUUGUAUGGUAAAGACUAUUAUCAGCCUGAACAUUAUGUAUCCAAGAGGAUGCUGGAGAAGCUCGCCGUUCCCAUUAUCAGAGAGGAGUUGCCCAGGCUACAUGCGAGUCAUGCCAAUUUGUUGCCUGAGGAGGCAGAGACAGAGUACCUGAAGAUUGUCCAACAGUUGCCGGAGUACGGAGUUAUGUUCCACCGCGUGGGAAGAGAGAAAAGGCCGGUGAUAGGGGAGUUAGUCCUGGGAGUGUGCGCCAAAGGAAUCAUCGUUUACGAGACGAAGAACCACCUGCGAACUGUCACCAGGCGCUUCUUGUGGAGGGAAACAGACUCCAUAUCCACUGGGCGUCGUAAGCUGAUUAUAGAGUGCGGCGGGCCCAGCGGAAAAAAGCACAUCUUUGUAACAGAAACCUCUAAAAUCGCACAGUACCUCCUGAACCUCUGCUCGGCACAGCACAAGUUUCACAGCGAGAUGACAUCUCGACAGCUCAACCACACCAUGAUACCUGAUGAAAACAUAUCUGCCUACCGGGCUCGUAACAUGAGCCUGAAGCGGAUAUCUUGCUCAGAGGGCAUGUUGAACCAUGUAGGGUUGACAUCUGGCCAGGCCGACUCCAUCUCCAAGUCCUGUGACGAUCUUACUGCCAAGCUGGAAGCUCGACUCCGCCAGCAGAGAGAAAUGAGGAGGGAGAUGAGCAGGGAGCUGAACAAGGGGCUGUCCGGAACGGCAGACGCCAGGGAUGUGAAAGAGCGACCCUGUUGGAACUCUCCAGGGACUGUUCCCAGAAGGAUGUCAAAUGUCUCACUACAGAAGCAGGACUCUUCUGCCUCAUCUUCUCUGAGAGUUGAUACACCGACACGGACCCCGCCUGAGAGAGAGAUCGUUUGUGUGACGCUGAAGAAAGAUCCCAAACUGGGUUUUGGCUUUGUGAUAGUAGGAGAGGACAACACAGGGAAACUUGACCUCGGCAUUUUCAUUGCUUCCAUUGUGCCUGAUGGCCCUGCAGACAAAGAUGGACGAAUCAAACCUGGUGGACGUCUCAUUUCUCUUAACAAGACUAGUUUAGAAGGAGUGACGUUCAGCGACGCCGCUGCCAUCCUGCAGAACAGCCCCGACGAAGUUGAGCUCAUUGUUUCUCAGCCUAAACACUCCCUGAAGGACAUGCCGGGUUCCCUGAGUCAAAGCACUCUCGGUUUGUCAUUGGAGAGGAGCUUUGGGUCACAGACCACCUUGAGUGGCACAGAGUUUCGGCCUCCUGUGGAGGAGCUGGAGGAGGCCAUCAUGUUGUCCAGCAUGGCCACUCCAAAGCAUAACAGAAAGCUCCACAUUCCUGUCGUUCGGAUACACGACGCUCAGGAUGUGGCUCCAAGGUCCCCGUCCAUCUUAAGCCUUAAAACAGGAGAGCGCUUCACUGUGGAGAUAAAGAAAAGUGGCGGAAGCCUUGGCAUAAGUGUCACAGGAGGAAUAAACACCAAUGUGCAAUUUGGGGGCGUUUACAUCAAGAGUUUGGUGCCUGGAGGAGCCGCUGAGCGAGACGGACGCAUUCAGAUUGGUGACAGACUGCUGGAGGUUGAUGGGUCCAACCUGAGGGGAGUGACUCACCAACAGGCUGUCGAGUGUCUGAAGAGGAGUGGGGAGGUGGUGAACCUGCUACUGGAAAGAGAGCCUACAGUUGUCCUGGAGCACAGACCUGAGUCACCCUGUCUUCCCAUGAUUCACAGUCCAUCAUACACUCAGCCGACCCCUAGGACAGACGUCUCUGUGGAAACAACCUUGAGUGGUCGAGCCAAGGACUACAACUUUGUGACGGAUGAAAACACUCACGAAGUGGUUCUGAAAAAGAGCUUGUCCGGUCUUGGCUUCAGCUUUUACAUCUCACAGCUACGCUCAGGAGCAGACCGCGGCAGCGUGGUGCGCAUCAAACGCCUGUUCCCCGGCCAGCCCGCACAAGAGAGCGGUCUGUUACGAGAGGGCGACGUCAUUUUGUCCGUCAACAGAGAACCCGUGAAAGAUCUCUCCUACCAGAGAGUUUUGUUCCUGCUACGAGGAGCCCCAUCCGAAGUUCGCCUGCUGAUCUGUCGGCCCCCUCCUGGUGUACUUUAUGAAGUAAAUGACAACACGUUGAGUCCUGUACCCGUUCGUGGGAUUCGAUCCAGAUCUCUGGACCUCCGACUUGGAGAAGACUACAGCCAGCUCCUUAAGUCUCCAAGUGAUGUCAACAUACAUGAGCAGGCCGUGCCCCCCGCCAACGAAGAGGGUCUGGCCAACAGCACAGAGAAUAUCCCAGAUCCUCCCACACCUUUACCACCCCCAGAAAGCGAGAUAAGUCUGGAGAACGAUAUGCAGGAGGCCUUCCCUCCUCCUCCAUCUCCUCCACGCACCCCUCCUUCCCCGACGUCACCCACAUCCCCUCCGUCGCCAGUCUCACCCGUAUCACCCACCUCACCGGCUUCGCCCGCACCUCCCUCUCCACCGACUCCACCCGAGCCCCAACCAGCUGCUGGGACACAGGGAGAACAGAGGGAAGGAGACACAGAGAGGAGGAAAAGGGAAGAAGAAGAGGAGGAGGCUUCAGCAACGCUGAGCACAGCUUUGAUGCUUAUGGACGUUUAUGCUAAAACUGCCUCUAAACCUGUUUAUACCAGUGGGGUCAGACAGGAGACGGAUGGAAGUGUGACCUACUGCCUUAUGGGAAAUGGACUGACUAUCAUGGCCGAUGAAGAGUACCUGACCAUCAGCUCCACCCUAGAGCCCCCUCACAGCCUUCCCUCCAACAGCACACCAACAACCAGCGUCGAAGGGCCCGACUCUCAAACUCAGAACAGCUUUCAGGGUCCAGACCCCGCCCCACACGCCCCCACCGCCUCCAACGUCGCGCCCCUCGUCUUCUCCUCGGACAUGGACACCACCUGCUCCCUCACCUACCCAUCUCAGCCGCUCACAACGCAGCCCCCCAAAACGAAGCACCAUCCCAUCCAACAGGGGCUUCUUCCGAGCCACUUCAAGGCGACGUCCAAGAACAUUCGUCCCACCGUGCCUCCCCCGCAGCCCCCGCCCAUCACGCCGAUCACAGCCCAAAUUAUCUCCUCUGUGCCUCCCUGCGCUGGAGUGCCCGCUCCAACGCUGCCUUCCACGGUGCUGCCCUGCCCUGCCCAGAUUCAGUCCCAGCUGAGAGAGGAGCCAGAGAGGAAAGGAAGGGAAUACAUGGAUGAUUUUUUUGACGAAGAGCUGGAUGAGGAGGAGGAAGAGAGUCGGAGGAAGGGUAUGAUUAAAGAGUUUGAGCUCACAGUGGUUCUGACCAAGUCCAGGAGCGGCAGCUUUGGGUUCACCAUCACCCGCAGCAAGCUGGACAACUGCUACUACAUACAGGAGAUCCUGGACAACCCCGCAAAGGCAGAUGGGCGACUCAGGGCCGGCGACAGGCUCAUCACGGUAAAUGGGCACAAUGUCACCAGUGUGGCAGACGAUGUUGCCAUGACUAUACUCCGGUCAUCUCCUAGAAGGCUGAAUAUGACGCUGGGCAGAGCAGUCAGCAACCUCGUGGCUCCGCCUCCCUGCGACAGCCUGCCGGACAUCGUUCUCCACAAGACGCCUUCGGGACAGCUGGGAAUAAAGCUGACAGGUGGCAUUGGCAGCAAGUGGCAGGGCAUCUACUGCUUGGAGGUGGUGCCGGGCUCUCCCGCCAGCGAGGAGGGCAGCGUCAAGCCCAAUGACAAGAUCCUGUACAUCUGCGGCAGGUGCACCCUGGGAAUGACGUUAGAGGACGCAGUCAAAGCCUGCGAGAUCGCCCCUCGUAAGGUCAAGCUGAAAAUUAUCCGGGAAGACCAGCCAGUCACCUCCAAAGCUAAGUGGAACGGCCUGUUUGACUGGAAAAAGGACAAGAAGUUCUUCGCUCGUUUUGACGAAGUUGCCUCUCCUGAGAGAGAGUUUGCUGCUGAAGACACUGAAGCUGCACGCAGGUCUACGGAGAGGUUGAGAUGUCGUUCGCUUACCCAAGGACAGGAUAGCUGCAUUAUGCAAGUGGAGUUCAAGAAACCAGAAGGCGGAGGCCUCGGCUUCGCUUUGGUCGGGGGAACUAAUGGCAGCAUGCUCAGAGUGAGAGAAAUCUGCUCCGGGGGAGUGGCUGAGCAGGACGGCCGGCUGAAAGUCGGGGACAUCCUUUUAGAGGUGAACGGCGUGAUCGUGUCCGGGCUGAGCCACAGUAAGGUGGUGGACAUCCUGCGAAAGGCUGAGGGGACAGUGCAGCUCACCAUCUGCAGAGACAUCCUGCCUCUAACCUACUCUGAGUCACCUACGCCGCCAAACAUGUCUGUCCACACGGAGGCUGUUUUAGCAGAGCAGCCGGCUCAUGUGUCCAACUCUGAUAUCUGCUCAGCGCCUGAAGGCUUGCAGGAUAGGCAAGCUGAGCACCCCGCUGAACCGGUGGUUAAUGAAACAGAAGUGAUCCUCACAUCACCGCCUCCCCCACCUCACAGAGUUACUGCAAUGAGGGAUGAGACUGCUGUUGAGGAGGAGAGUUGUAACAACACCCCUUCUCAUCAGGCUUGCUGCCCAUCCCUCAAUGUCACUGAAAUGUUGCAUGGAGCGUCUGACAGGAGACAAAUUGUGACCAAGCUACUGGACCAGUCUUGUAAGGAUAUUCGAAAAACCCAGUCAGAUGGCUGGAGCAGCGAUGAAGAUGAUGACGUGUUUGAUGCAGCCAGUCAGGAUGUUUCCUCACCACAAACAGGUCCGCCUUUGGUAUCGGAGGAGGAACUGGCCAGUCUAGCACUCAUUACCCCUGCCAAGACCAGCCAGUACUCAGGCUCCAGAGUCAAAGCUCUCAUACAGAUUCUGCAGCAUCAACUGGACCAGCAGGAACUGGUCAAAGAGUUCAUGGCUCUGGAGCAUUUGAAACCUUCUGACAACUGUUUGGUUGGACAAGCACCCGAGAACAGAGACAAGAACCGCUACAGAGACAUCCUACCCUAUGAUAAAACACGAGUAGCCAUCGGAGAGAACCAGGAGUACAUCAACGCCAGCUACAUCCGCAUGCAGGUCGGAGCCGAGGAGUUCUUCUACAUCUCCUGCCAGGGCCCCCUGCCCUCCACAGUUCAGGCCUUUUGGCAAAUGAUCUGGGAGAACAAGUCUGACCUCAUCGCCAUGAUGACACAGGAGGUAGAACGGGGAAGGAUCAAAUGUCACAACUAUUUGCCGGAGAGGCAGAGCGCACUUUUGACCACUGACAGGUACCAGCUCCACCUUGAAAAUCAGCAGCUCCUGGAAUACUUCCAUAUAAAGGUCAUCCGCAUGGUGGAGACGGAGACUGGUGAGACACACUUUGUUCACCACCUGAAGUUCACACGCUGGCCGGACCACGGCGUGCCGCACAGCUCCGAGCAGCUGGUUCGGUUUAUCCGCUACAUGAGAGCGGUGCACCGCGAGGGGCCAAUCACCGUUCACUGCAGCGCUGGCAUCGGACGGACAGGAGUUCUCAUCUGCACCGACAUUAUCCUCCACCUCAUCGAGAAUGACUUACCUAUUAAUGUAAGUGACAUUGUAAAAGAGAUGAGGCUACAGCGGCAUGGGAUGAUCCAAACCAAGGAACAGUAUCUAUUCUGCUACAAAGUCUGGUUGGAGGUGUUGCAGGGAAUAUUACAGCUUCAAGGAAACCAGUGGCAACCAGAAAGUCCCAGAGACCACAAGAUCGUUUGAAUGUUUCCCCCCCCAAGGAGCUCAGCAACAUGUACCUGCAGACGCUGUGCGGCAAUGGUCACAGCAGACUAAUUCACAAGUGGUACUUUCUCCUUUGGGGCUCGUUCCCUUUAGUCAACUGUAAAAUCUGGUCAUGUAACGUCCAUUUAGUUACAAUGAAAAUGUUCCUUUUCAAUUUAUUAGUUGUUGUUUUUUUUCCUGCAUAUGUCUUCACGGUGCUUUGAUGAUAGCAGCUUAACGAUUGCCUUCUAUUUUAUGUAUGUUAGUGUUUUAUUUAUUUUUUUCCUUCUUCUUUUGGUUGCAUGAAACUUCCACUUCUGGUAGUCGUCAGACCUUCCAACUACUGGUAAUAUCCUCCGAGUUUUAGAGCUUCACUUGUUUCUUUGACACAUUAGGGAGAAGUAUGAAUCGACAUGUUGCAAUUUUUUUAAGUGCAUUUGUACCCUGGAGAAGGGUGUGUAAGAUGAACAAAAAAAAAAAAAAGAAAAGUCAUUGUUUUUCACUUCAUUGUGAAUGAGGAAAUGAAAAGAAUCAAGUGCCUUGGAGAGACACACCCCACUUGCUUUACGAUAAACCCACAGCUCUUGUUAUAAGCGGCCAGGGGGGGGCGGGAAAAAGCAAGAAACCGAACACAGCACCUGGUGGUGGUUAGAGUGAAUGUGAAGUUUUCAGCCUGUUCCGGGUUUUUGAGAUGAACAGUUUUUUGUUUUUUCAGUUCAUAAUGGAGGAGGAUUACAUCUCAUCUUUUUGGUCGGUAGUUUUCCUUAGAAGCAGCGAGAUGUUCGCGCACCGCCUAUUCUUGGUUCGUUUUGUGUUUUUAUUUUUAUUUUAUACAGAACACUGUCAUGAGGAAUCACGUUAUUACAAAACCGGCAUAUUCCGAUACAGAUAAAGAAUGAUUAAUCGUAACAAUUUUCAAAUGGCUUUUACAGAAAUUUGGACGCAUUUCAAAUAAGGCGUCCGGAUGUUCUUUUGUAAAGUGUAAAUGUCGCUGUAAUUUACAUGAUUAGUCAGACUUGUUAAGUGACGACAUCCUUUAUCUGUAUUCAACAGCUAUUUUAAUACAAACUCAGCCAAAAAUGCAAAAAAAAAAAAAAAAAGAUAUUAUGAGGUUUACAAACUUUACAUUUUGCCACUUUAGAUGUUGUACGGAGCGACACGACUUACACUUCCGAGUCAGAGAUGGAGGACGAUUCGCGGACGUUGGUUUGAACCUCAACCUCAGAUGUCACUGCUUAUGAGCUGCGUUCAUUCAGCUGCUAACCAA